AUGAUUUUUUUUAUUAUUAUCAUAAUUGUUGUUUAUGUUCUUUAUAGAAUAAUUUUGAAACCAUUGAUUCCAUUAUUGAUAUUAAAGCUGUAAUUUGGAAAGUAGGCUUAUUUAUGGUAUGCACCAAUUUGGGGUUUAUUAAAAUACAAUUUUAGAUCUUUGAAAUAAAAUGGAGAUUUUUUUGAUGAUCUGAGAAAGAGAAUGAGAUAAAAUCCUAAAGUAAAAAUGUUGUUGACAAAUUUCUUGGAUAAACCAUUUAUAAAUUUUGUGGAUAGUGAAUAUGUUAAGAAAAUGUAUUUGGAUCAUUAAAAUUUCCCAAAAUUUAAUUUGCUUAGAUAUGAGUAUAAAAUGAAUUUUAUUUAGUAAUUUGAUUGAUAAAGGAUUAUUAAUGGCAGAAGGUGAAGAAUGGAAGCAUUAGAGAAAUUUAUUAGGAUCAGCAUUUACUUUUGAGAAAUUAAAAUCAAGGAUUCCUAUGAUAAAUUAGAUAGUAAAAGAAAGAUGUAUUUUGGAUCCAAAAACUAACUCUUUUGACUUUAUAUCAUGGAUAACAGGUGAAGUAGUUAUUCAUAGUUUUUUUGGUGAAAUUGCAAAAGGAUUAAUUAUAAAUGGGAAACCUGGAUAGGUAGAAAUAGUAAAUUUAGUUGCUGAUAUAAUGUUGUAAAGAUUUAAAAAUACUUACACUUAAAUUAAAUUAAUGAUAUUAGGUAAUAAAGGAUGGAGAAUAUUGGCAACUAAAAAGGAGAAAGAUAUAAACAAUCGAGUAGAUAUGCUUAGGAAUACUGUUAAGUAGCUUAUUGAGAAAAGAUUGGAAUAAUUAUAAGUAGAAAAUUAAAGAGAGAAAUAGAAAGAUCAAUUCUUUUUAGACAUUUAUUUAAAUGAAUUAUUGAAAUAAUAAUAAGACAAUGAAAGAAAUAAAAUAAAUAUAGAUCUUGAAAAUGUAUUAUAGUAGUUUUUGACAUUAUUUUUUGCUGGAACAGACACAACAGCAACAAUGACUAUAACUUGUCUUGUUUAUUUGGCAAAAUAUCCAGAUAUUCAAAAUGAAUUAUUAUAAGAGAUUUAAGAUUUAAUAUAAGAUUAAGAUGUAUAAGAUAAUCAUCUUACAAAAUUUGUAAAAAUGAAUGCAUUUAUAAAUGUAAAUUAUUAUAUAUUUUAUAGGAAGUUUUCAGAUUAAGAAAUCCCGCAUUUUCACCUUUUGUAAGAUUGGUCUAAAAAGAUAUGCAAUUUUUGGAUAUCAAACUUAAGAAAGGUAUAAUAUAUCCAAUAUAUAUUAGGAUGGAUGGUAGUCUAAAGACAUGAUAUUCCUGUAAUAAGACAUGAGCAUUUUAGUAAUCCUGAAGAAUUUGAUUAUAAGAGAUGGUUGAUUAAUUAAGGAAAUAUUCAAUCUGAUAAUGGUUUUGUUCAUAUUCCAUUUGGUGCAGGAGGAAGAAAUUGUAUUGGUCAACAUAUGGCUUUAAUGGAAUUAAAAAUCAUCUUAUGUCAUAUCAUAAGGAAAUUUUAAGUUAGUCUUAAUCCAGAUGUUUAAAUUAAGUUUGGUAUCAGAUUUCUUUAUGGUGCAGAACCUGAAAAUUGUUUGAUCUAUAAAGAAAGGAGAUGA